GAGUGUUUAUUUUACAGCACUCUUCCGGGCACUAACAAAAAUAGUCUAUGUUUGAAAAAAAAAAUAGUCAGUAUAAAUCAGAUAGAUUACUGUUCUUUAAAAAAAAAAAAAAAGUGAUUCCUGUUGUAUUUAACACUAUGAUAAUUCGGGAAUGGAAUAAAGGAAAUAAUGAAUGUCAAGUAGAAAUAAGGAUAGACGUAGUUGAGCAAUUACAUGUUUGGUAAUUGUUGCGUAGUGAGUACUUGAAGAAGGCAGGUGUGUUGAAGCGGAAUAUGUUUAGGGGAGGGUGGUCUGAACUGACCGGAUGGACAUCUUCAGAGGUGGGCUUUGAAGGAAAUGUGGAGCUUUUACCGACAAACAAUAGUGCUCUUGAAAAUCCCAUGACCUCAAGUCAUCUUUGUACCGUCUGUGUUAAGCCACGAGAGAAAGAGGGGUUCCGUAAAGUGUUCCAGUUUUUUUAUUUUUUAAACAACCCCACAAGGCCUAGAACCGGUGCCUGAAGUAUUGCCGAAUCUGCGGUGCUGGCUUCACUCCCGAGCGGUCCAUUUGCAGGACUGUAGUAUUGGCCGAAGGACCGUGCAAACGAGGCUUGUGAAAAGGAUACGAUCGCGGUUGGUCUUCCUGUGUAGAGAGGAGCCAUUUUCAGCUCCCUUGGCCUCUCAAGCAUGGCUCUCCUGGCCUACGUCAAGAGCCUGUUCAUACUCCAACUGUUGAUGGGCUUUGUAUUUGUCGUGAGCGGCCUCAUCAUUAACUUCAUCCAGCUGUGCACGUGCAUCAUCUGGCCAUUCAACAAGCAGCUGUACCGCAGAAUUAACUGCCGGCUCGCAUACUCACUCUGGAGCCAGCUGGUGAUGCUGCUGGAGUGGUGGUCCGGCACAGAGUGCACCCUGUACACGGAUCAAGCGACGGUCGACAAAUUUGGCAAAGAACACGUCAUCAUCAUUCUCAACCACAACUAUGAGAUCGACUUCCUGUGUGGCUGGACUAUGUGUGAAAGAUACGGUAUCCUGGGGAGUUCAAAAGUCUUAGCCAAACAUGAGCUACUGAAGGUUCCCCUAAUUGGCUGGACCUGGUACUUCUUAGAAAUAGUUUUUUGCAAGAGAAAGUGGGAGGAAGACCGCAAAACUGUCUUCAGUGGACUUGACAGACUUAAAGACUAUCCCGAGCAUAUGUGGUUCCUGCUUUAUUGUGAAGGUACCCGAUUUACAGAGAAGAAGCACCAGAUAAGCAUGCAGGUCGCCGAGAGUAAAGGCCUGCCCAAGCUCAAAUAUCACCUUCUGCCACGCACCAAGGGGUUCACCACCACGCUGAAGUGUCUCAAGGGCACAGUUACCGCCGUUUAUGACGUGACCCUCAACUUCAAAGAUAAGCAGACUCCGACUCUCCUGGGCAUCGUCAACGGCAAAAAAUACAAAGCUGACAUGAGCGUAAGACGCUUCCCAGUGGAAGAGAUCCCAGAUGAUGAGGCCGAGUGUGCCAAUUGGCUGCAUAAGCUCUACCAGGAAAAGGAUGCCUUACAGGAGACGUACAGCAAUCAAGGCAAAUUCCCGGGGCCCACAAUCAUUCCUUGUCGCCGACCGUGGACGCUCCUCAACUUCCUGUUCUGGGCCACGUUGCUGCUCUCGCCACUGAUCAAGUUUGCGUACGGAGUGGCGGUCAGCGGCUCCCCACUUCUCAUCAUCGGCUUCAUAAUCUUCCUCAUCAUAGCCUCCAUUGCGAUCCGCCGCCUGAUCGGCGUCACCGAGGUCAAAAAGACGGGCUCCAGCUACGGCGACCAAGAGACCAAGAAACAAAACUAAAGGCGCGUCUCCUCGGACCAACUCCGCUCUCCCCCCACCUACCCCCCAAUGUACCAACCCGUCGCUAGGUCGGCGAGUAGACCCGGCUGUGAAACCACAAUAGAGAGCAGCCUUAGACAUACUAAUGAGUAAGACCACCGGAGGUCCGCAAGACAUGAGAAGGAGGAGGCGGGGGGGGAGUUGAUGCCGUACUGCAUCUCAAGCCAACUAGUGACCCACUUUCCGAAGCCAAACCCCGUUAAUCCCGCCGAUCUUAAAACCUCUCACCUCCUAACCUACUUGCAGUCACAUGGAAGGCCACAAACUUAGCCCGCGUCCUGCUUUGCACUACCUGCCCUCAACCCCACUUCCUGUCUGACAACUCGGGAGUGGGGGCGUAGUUCUUGGUCAGAAUAGGGCCCCCCGCCCCACACCUCACAGGCCUGCUUUCCUUCUUUAAAGCACCUCUUUAGCCAUGGAAACGUGUCAUGCACAAUGAUACAGAAAUGUAUGGACCCCCCCCCCCAUCCCCAUACACCCCUAAGCUUCUGGAGGCUUCCCCCAAGAAGUCGCACUGCGUCAUGUCAAGGUCAGAGGGACUCAUAUCAAGUGUGGCACUCGUCAACUCUCCAAUGCCACUUAGUCCCUUUUUCGUGACUCUUUGAUGAUGGCGACUUGACGCCCUUAACAUCCUUUUGGGGAGUUGGGGGGUGGUGUGUGUCCACAACAAGGGUUGCGCAUGUGUGAGCUAUCAUGAAUACCUGACGUACAGCUCUGGAGAGAAUCAGGAGACCUUAAAAAAUGCACACACACAAUUUUGGGGGAGUUUUGACUAUUUUUCAUUCUUUCCUUUUAAUAACCAUUCAUCCAUCUUCCUUUCAUCUGGGACAAAAGGCGAGAUUCACCCCAAAACUCGUUGCAUUUAUUAUGGAAUUGGAAUUUGUUAGCUAUGUCUGUAGUUUAUAGAAUAACACCAAAAUGUACAGUCUGCUCAAACCUCGACAGCACAGGUGUCAAACUCGAGGCCCGGGGGGCCAGACCUGGCCCGCCACGUGAUUUUAUGUGGCCCACGGUGGCAAAUCAACAUCCAUGAUUUUUAUGACAAUCUGUUCUACAUUUCUUAGUCAUAUAUCAUAAACGAUUAAAUUUAGAUGUUAUUUGCAUUUUUGUGCAACCUAACAUUAGCAAUGGUUGAAAAACACAUCAGCGCUGUGUUCUGAUUCUAAAAUUAUUUCAGAAAUUUUGUCAGUUCGAGGCGCUUAAAGAUUAUUUUGGUUUCACUGUCAUCACGGCCCUCUGAGGGAAACUGGAACUAAAAUGUGGCCCGCGCCAAAAAAUGAGUUUGACACCUCAGCUCUACAGUGAUACGGUGGUGCCUAGAGAUACGAGCAACCCAACCAGGAAGCUUUUCAUUCGUCGCCAUUUUUUUUUGACUUACGAAGAAAACAUUUAGAUACAAGCACUGCAUGGCGGCAUUGAACGCAACUCACUCCACAACAAGCAGCCUUUUGGCAGCUACAUAGAAAUAUUAAAAGGCUUCAACCUGUUUCAGUUGGAAUUUCAUGUGUUACGCUGCCCCCUGGUGUACAAGGUGUGCAGACCAGGAGGAGCAGCAAAAAAUGUGACAAAUGUUUUAUUUUUUUAAUGAUCAUUACUAUACGUCUGUUUAAUACAUUACAAGAACAAAACGCUGUUGGAUUUGUUUAGGAUCAUUUCAGUUACAGAAUCGAGCUCGUAUGUUAAGGCACCGCCAUCCCUACCGCCAAAAUCGUAGGAACGGAUCAUUUUCCAGUGAUCUCUUAAUUUUCCCCAGAGCUGUACUUCCCGCCUCCUCACCGAGGUCCUGUUAUUUUUUUAUAGACAAGACCCCGCAGCACGCGAGAUGGCAGCCACAACAGGUGUUGCGCUGCCGGAUUCCAGACAAAAAAAAGUCACCAGCUGUCGCCCCCGAAGCCUCGCCCGCCCGCGCAGCUGCUGACAUCGUAUUUGGUGGCCACAUAUAGACUGUCGUAGUGAUAAGUUUAACCUUUGCCUUAAAUCAAGCUUGCUCAGGCGAGGUGCCGGCAUCCUCCCCCCGACCCGACCGCGUCAAACGUCCCGCUAACCUGUCUUGAGUAACAUGAAGCUGCUUCGAUGCGGCAAACCAGGGAAAUGGAAGUACGGUAACCACGUUUCAGCGUUUUUGUUGUUCUUUUCCAAGCGAAACCCCGGCUGCUGCUGUACAUAGUCGUGCCGCCGUUUUCUCAAGCACGUGACGUGUUCCGCUCAUUUCCUUCACGUCCCCCAUGUAGCGUCCAUCCAGACUUUUGUUUCGUCCACCCUGCGUACUUCCUCUUGCGGCAGAAUUCUCUCCACCUGUGUAGAUUUCAAGCUAGCCUUAAAACUAGACACUGCUGCAUCUUAUUUAUUUCUGUUGAACGACAAGCUGACUGAGCUCCUGGUUGUACACACUGGUAUGCUUGUGAAAACUAGUAUGUUACUAUUCACCGUUUUUUUUUGUGAAAACUGGUAUACUUAAAGGGGAAAUCCAGUGCUCGCAUUAACGGUGGGUCAUGCAAUAUGUACGCUCUUUUGACAAUGUGAUGUUAAAUCCUCUCUCAUUUUUUUGAGACAAUUACGAAUUUUCAGGGGCGCUGCCAUUUUCGCGAGUCACAUGAUCUACGUGGGCGUAUGUGACGUGCACCAUGCCGUUCCAAACGCUGGAUUACAGGGGACACCAUUAUGCCCAGCGCUGAUUUUUCAGAUUUUAUCCUCAUCUGAUGAAGAAAUAGUAUCGGUUGAUCGGGAAGACGGAGGAAUACUUUCAUACAGAUUUGAACCUGUGGCUGUAAUUAAUGUUGAAUAUUCGGAUGGUUCUUCCGGCGGAAUGUCGCUGAGUCUUGACUACUCAGAGGCCUACGCGCAACAUAAGUGCGUAAACAAAGGCCCCCGGGAGUUGCAGGCCGGUAGCCGAGCUUUGGUGGUGGGGGAGGCCAUUAGCUCCAGACACCGAAGCGAGGCUAAAGGCCUCCGCCGCCUGAAAGCUCUGCUCACUGGACGCCGCCGGAGCCAUUCUGCCCGAAGCACCAUUCGAAUAUUCAACAUUAUUGACAGCCACAGGUUCAAAUCUGUAUGAAAGUAUUCCUCCGUCUUCCCGAU